AUGUCCACCGACGCUUCAAAGAUGCUCUUGGCUACCCUUCCACCUGUGCCUUCACUUAAUAGCACGUUCGGUGCCAUGCUGAUUGGGACGUUUACCGGGCUCGUAUUGUACGGCCUAUCUCUUCACCAAACCCUCCAUUAUUUCCUCACAUACACCGGUGAUACACGCCUCCUUAAACUGAUGAUAUUUUGUCUCUCGUUCUACAUUCGCCGAGUGUAUCUCCUCGGAUAUGGGUAUCAGUAUGUUGCUAUCCCUGCUACUCUGUUCAUGCUUUCCGGCACUGGAUUUGCUAUAGCGUGUACCGUUGAAGCCUUCUCGAAGACGACAUUUGUUGCUUUUAGCCGGGUGGUCGUGAUGUACUUCAUCGCCGUACUCACAGUCCUAAACUCCCGCCGCUCUCUCAUGAGCUCGACCGCUUCGAGCGACGGGGACUUUGGCACGUUCGGUCUCAGUGCGCCCCAGCAGAAAUCAGUGCGCCUCCCAGCCUCAGCAAGGCUCGACAUUCUCCGUGGGCCCUCGGGGUCGGACGGGCCCGUGAUCGACAUCGGAAAGUGGCAGACACCUGCUGCUGAGCAGACGAUAGAUCGGUACAAGGUCAGAGAUGGGGACAGUGCGAAUUUGCACGAAGGCGUCUGA